UCCUCACAGCGGACCACGACUGACGCAAUCGACGCCACAGGCCAGCCACCGCGCGUCCAUCCAUCUCAUCGCCGACGGCCGUGCAAACAGGAGGCCCGGCGAGUCGCAGCCUAGGAGCGCGAUUCUUGCUCUCUCCACGCUUCACAGCCAGUAGAUUGAUUCUGUCGCAUCCUCGCGCGUCGAACGACGCCUCUGUCCGAAGCGUUGAGUGCUCGACGCUGACUCGCUCGACUCUUCACGCUGACCAGGUAAUGGAACCAUGGAGGCAAAUGUGGUGCAUGAUGAUGUAGAGAUUGAGGAAGAAUAUGUCUUACUUGAUCUUGACUCUGUCCAUGGGCAGUUCGACAUUCCGCCAAAUGCACCUUAUGUCUUAUCUGGUUUGGACACAUUGAAUCCCAUAUUGGUCAUUGGUAACAAAUUGAAGCUGAUUGGGCAUUAUGAGGAAACAAUAGGAACAUGUAUUGCUCUUACCGAAGAGGGUACUUCCCCCAUCGUUUCUGAAGAGACAGGACCAUCUGAAGCGAACAAAUUCUCUGGAAAAUCUAAUAUGGAUCCAAAUCAGUGUCCCAGCAAGCAAGUAAAACCAGUUGCCUGCAUCAAUAAGAUUCUCAAGUUCAAAUUAUUGGUAGAUACCGAUGUUCCUGAUGCAAGUACUCAGCCAUGAUAAGAAUUUUCAAUUAGUCAUCAAUCACUUGGAGAAUUGGUUGUCUUGUGGAUAUGUUAGCUUCAAGCACCCAAUGAUGUAGCUGAUGAGCAACUCUGUGUCCAAACAUUUACUUGCAGUAACUUUUUCAAGAUUGUUCCCUGGUAGAGGCUUCUGGAGAUAAAGAGGAGAAGAAUGGGGGGUUCUCUAGGACUCAGCAAUCACCAUAUUAUUAUCUGAAAUUAUUGGGGAAAACUCUUGGUCAGCUCUUCAUGUCCUUGUGGAUGUUUGUUACUGGGGUGCAAUUGCUGGUGUAAGCGCAGAGCUUUCUUCACAAGCUCUUCAAAAUAAAGGACUGGUAUGCUUAAUGGGAUCACUAAGUAGGUAGACAAAUCUUGAACUUUCUAUGUCAGGAUGAAUUGGAAAUUCAUUUUUAAACCCUCCAGCUGCUGCUGUUCUGUAUUUAUGACUACUAGAACCAAAACAACCUCUGCACAGUAUGUAGCCUCCAGGGCCAGAGACCCCACAUUCGAAAAGCUCAUGGAGAAGUACAAAAACCUUCUUAAAGUGGUUGCAAUUCAAGACCUCAUCCUUGCUUCCAGCAACCCUUCAUCAUCAAUUUCAUUGGACUUCCUCAAUAGGCUCUCCCAGAAGCUCCACUUGAAUCGUGGUGCUGCCUCCUUCCUCCGCAAAUACCCCCACAUCUUCCAAAUAUUUUAUGAUACUAAUGAGUCUCAACCCUUUUGCAAAUUAACCGAUGCUGCCAUUGAAAUUGCCUUAGAAGAAAGUCAGGCAAUCAAGGCAUCGAUGGCCCUUGUUGUGGACCGAUUAGUUCACCUUUUAUUAAUGACUCCUACAAAGUCUUUGCCACUCCGUGCUAUUUUCAAGGUCUGGAGGGAGCUUGGUCUCCCAGAUGACUUUGAAGAUUCUGUUAUUUCCCAAAAUUCCAAUCUCUUUAGACUUUGUGAUGGUCAUGAACCAAAUACUCAUAUCUUGAAGUUGGUCGACAUUGUUCCGGAAAAAUAUCAUCUUACAGCAGCAGUUGAGAAUUGGAGGGUUACUGAGUGUUGUAGGGAAGACAGUCAUGUUGAUAGAACCGAAAUUAUGUUCAGUUUCAAGCAUGGUUUUCCUCCGGGAAUGAGAUUGAGCAAGGACUUGAAGGUUAAGGUUAAGGAAUGGCAGAGAUUGCCCUAUGUGGGGCCAUAUGAGGGGAUAAGGGAAAAGAGAAAGUCUAAGGCUGCAAUCAUGGCAUUGGAGAAACGAGCAGUUGCUGUGGUUCAUGAAUUCUUGAGUCUCACUGUGGAAAAGAUGGUUGAAGUGGAGAAGAUUAGUCAUUUUAGAAAUUGGUUCGAAAUAGAUAUGAAUAUCAGGGACUUGUUCUUGGAUCAUCCUGGGAUAUUUUAUCUCUCGACCAAGGGGAAAACACACACCGUGUUCCUCAGAGAAGCUUAUGAGAGAGGAUGUUUAAUCGACCCGAAUCCUGUUUAUGAGGCAAGGAGAAAGCUUCUUAAUUUAGUUCUGUUGGGACAUCGUGCAUUUUUUUCUAGUAGUCCAAUGAUAGGGGAUGCUAAUCAGAGCAAGGUGGGCGAGUUUCGAGGAAAAGAAUAAGAGUAAAGAAACACAAGUUUUACUGUAAUUUGGUAGAUCCUGUCCAAGGAGGAGCUGCCUCGCCCUUGUCCUUUCGUGUUUCUGGUUAUAAGUUUAGAAACAUAAAAGGAUGAAGAAGCUAAACUAUGAAGUAUGGAAAAACAGUCAGCCGAUUAGGGUGUCUAAGAGGUUGGGUUUGCCAACAUUAAGUUUCAGAGAUUUAGAUAUUUUGGCGUUUCUGGGUAUGGCCUGAUAACCUCCAUUCACUUCUGGUGCCCUAUCAUACACAGUCUAGAUUCAUCUGGAGUAGCUUCUUGCUGAUGAUGUAUCUUCUGGGCCUCUGUGUCAGUUCUGGCAAUCAAAUUCUAGAAUCUCAGGUGAGGCCCGUGCAUAUCUGCAUGUCUCCAGGAUGCGGGACAUUUAUUUGCCAUUAUGCACAAGCUUAUCAGGUAUUAUUAAGUGGGCAUACACUUAUGCUGUUUUGUGCUGUUUGUUCUUUACUUGAAUGCAGCAUUGUGGUAGGUAUAAUGCUAAAAUCAUUAUCUAGUUGUUAAAAUUGUCAGAUUAUUGAGUUCCAACAUCAAAAGCUGUUGCUAGUUUUUGUUAUUUUAAGUUUCAAUUGUGGUUCUGAUAGUGGCGCAAAAGAAUGUAUAAAAUGUUUCUUAGGCCAGUGAGGGUCUUUUAGGCAUUGUCAACUUUCUUCUUGUUUCCUGUGGCCCUCUUUUCUUGCAAAUUGUGGCACUAAUCAAAACUGAGAACAGUUAAUCAUACUUUCUUGUUUGCAUCUUUCCAUCUGUGAAACAGUUAAGGGCCAAUGGUUAUGACUGCUUAUGUUAUUGAACUUUAUGGAUUAUGCCCUUCGGCUUGAAUAAAUGUAGUCUUUGAUGAGUGUUUU